GCCAACCCCAUGCACGCACCACUCUCCCGUUUCCACGCCAGCAACGCGAGCUUUAGUCAUGACUCUCUCUUAUCUUCGUGUUGCCCUUCUGCUUGGGUUUCACCUGACAGGAGAAAUACAGGCGUUUAUGACGACUGGAGCCGGGAUCGUACGGCAACACCGACAGGCAGCAUUCACAACCGCUAGCGGCCUGGGUCGAGCAUCGACGCCGCUCUCCAUGGCAGCGGCUGGAACGGACACAAAGCCGGUGCGGGUGGCCAUUCUGGGGGCCUCCGGCUACACGGGGGCGGAGCUGGUGCGGCUGCUGCUGGGCCACACCGGAGUGGAGAUCACCGUGCUCACUGGGAACACCCAGGCCGGGCAGGAGUUCUCGGCGGUUUACCCCCAGUUCCACUACGCCAAGGACCUGCCGGCGCUGACCCGGCACGAGGACCACGACUGGAAGGACGUGGACUGCGUCUUCUGCUGCCUGCCUCACGCCACCACUCAGGAGAUCAUCUCGCAGCUUCCGGAACACCUCAAGAUCGUCGACCUCUCGGCAGACUUUAGGCUGAAGGACAUCGAGACGUACGCUGAGUGGUACGGAGGCGAGCACAAGGCCCCCGCCCUGCAGGCCGAGGCUGUGUACGGCCUGACCGAGCUCGCCAGAGACAAGGUGCGAGGCGCGCGGCUCGUGGCCAACCCGGGCUGCUACCCGACCGCGGCGCAGCUGCCGCUCAUCGCCCUCCUCAAGGCCGGGCUCAUCCUCAAGGACGACAUCAUCAUCGACGCCAAGUCGGGGGCCACCGGGGCCGGCCGCGCUCCGAAGCAGGGCACCCUUUUCUGCGAGAUCUCUGACGGAAUCAACGCUUACGGAGUGGCCUCCCACCGGCACGCGCCGGAGAUCGAGCAGGGGCUGGGAGAGGCCUGCGGCACCAAGGACGUCGUCGUUAACUUCACGCCGCACUUGAUGCCCAUGUCCAGAGGGAUCCUUGAGACGAUCUAUGUCAAGCUGGCGGACGGUAGCACGGUGGAAGAAGCCAAGGCCGCGCUCGAAGAGGCGUACGAGGGGGAGCGAUUCGUCACCGUGUUGCCGGGAGCCACGGUGCCGCACACGCGACACGUACGAGGAAGCAACCACGUGUUCAUGAACAUCGUGGCCGACCGCCUGCCGGGGAGGGCCGUGAUCCUCGUGUCCAUGGACAACCUCGUCAAGGGGGCUAGCGGGCAGGCGAUACAGAACAUGAAUGUCAUGUUCGACCUCCCGGAGACACAGGGCGUCGACAUGGCACCGAUGUUCCCAUGAUCGGUUUUGGCUUGAAGAAUCUUACGUGCGGCACGGCUUGUAGUAUCUGCAUACGUCAAGGAUUGUAGUAUCUACGUGCGUCGGACAAACUUGAAAGCCUAGUGGGACCGAUUGGCGUAGAGGUAUAUCCGAACUUUGUACGUCGAACAAAACUAGACACGCUUCAUGGCGCCGAUUCCCCAUGCGUUGUCAACGCGCUUCAAGGCGGGAUGGCGCUGGCAUUUGGGAUGGACGACAGCGGGGUGUAUCCAAAGGUGGACUGGGGUGGCCGGCCUUAAGCCGCGGGAUCAAUAUGAAGCGACCCAGGAUGCCUAGCAUGCUUCGCAUGAGGCGCUGCACCAUUGGUUGGUUCGAUUUUUCGAUGGUGCUAUGGUCAGUCUCGGACAAUUUUUCCACAAUGCCGAGCCACGCUUAGGGAAUUGUUUCUCUGCAUACAGGUGGUUGUUCCGAAAACCAAAAGUACCGGCAAACGCGCUGUCUCCAGGCGCAGGUACCUGUGGAAAGCGAUUUUUGUUUCGUUAUUGGUCCGUCUUUUAUUUUGGAAUAACCGAAAUAUCUUGUUCGUUUUUGCUGGGGUGUGUUUAAUUCAGACGACAAUUUUAAGUCCGGAUUUGGACAGCUCUCGAAAUUCUUCAGGGGUAAAACUUUUCCGAUUUUGAAUUAAGUGAAAAUAAAGAAAAGUUAUAGGCCAAAAACCGGAAUUCAGAGGGCAUUUUGUUCGCUUUUUUCCUCCUAUAUUCAACCACAGAAAUUGAAAAAGACCACGGCAAUCGAUUCCUCUCGACAUUCCCCAGGGGUAUUUUU